AUGUCACAUAACUCUACUCUGGCUGUUACUCAACUCAAGCAGCUCAUUUACUAUCAUCUGGAUAAUGAAUCACCCGACAAUGCGAACUUCCUCGCUGGCCGCUUGAUUGCAAUUGAUCCUCGGAACCCAGACUCUUCACAUCUCCUGGCCCUCACAAACUACCGGUUACGACGCUUCAAAGCGGCCUAUGAUUGCAGUCAGAAAAAUGGCGCUAGUGGGCGACAUCUUGGAUGCGCCUACGUACUGGCUUUAGCCUGUCAAGAGCUUGGGAAACAUAAUGAAGGAAUUUCUGCUUUGGAAAAGGCCAGGAGCCUGUGGCAGGGUCGCAAUCAUUGGGGCAAGCAUACGGAAUCCUCAACCAGACAUACACCGGAUGCCGCUGCUGUAAACACAUUGCUUGGAAAGUUGUGGCGAGGUCACGGUGAUUCGAGAAGGGCCGGCGACUGCUACAUCGAGGCACAUAAGAGCAAUCCGUUCACGUGGGAGGUCUUCCAGGGACUGUGUGACUUGGGUGCCGACAUCGACAUGUCAAGCUCUUUCAGAAUGACCCCGGACCUUGCCUCUGCCAUAUCUAGCGCAUCGGCGACGAUACCACAUCAAGAAGUUGUCAAGGACGAACCUCCAAACAACUCAGCCCCCUCGAACUCGAACAAUAUCAAUAACAUUCAUAAUCUCACACCAACCAACGAUCCCUUCAACCCUUCGAAGAAUGGCGGAGACUUGGUCGCGCAAGCUCAGAGUAACUUCCUGUUACCCAAGAUCAAAUCAAAAGGCAUAUUCGGCAAUAACAUGUCCAAACCUACCAACCAGCCGACGUGGGAGACACCCACGGCUAAUGGCAUGUCUGGAGAUGAGGAUGUCGAAAUGGGAGGUGUACCACAAGAGACUGCCGUAGCGGAAGAACCAUCAGCACCAGCUGCACCAACACGGAGGUCAAGGACUGCUCUUCAAAGGCUAGGUUUGGACGCCGGAAAAGACAGCCAGAAGGCGCGCUCCGGAACGAUAAGAGGUCAGGUGAAGCCUAGCUCAGAAGUGGUGGAUGCCGAUGAUGCGACAAAUGCUGCGCAGAGCAGGCGGACGCAGCACAAGAGGACAAUUUCCGGACACAGCGCACAAGUCACAGAUGCCGAAACAAUAACUUCUGCUCCAAGGAGAAGCAAUCGCUUAUUCAGUCAGAUUACCGGAUCAAAAACGACAAGUCGCAUGCCUGCCGACAGCAAUUCUCUGACAGCGGCUAAGCGCGACGAGGUGAAAAAGGCCAAGGCUACCGGGACGAAAGGGAGAGGUCCUGCACAAGUUGGUCGUGUUGUAAGUGGCAACCGCAAAGUCAUGCCACCGAAUCCAGGAGAAGCCAAAGACACUCGUGCACCUAGUCGGAGCAGCGCGGCGCCGCCAAUGCCCACACAAAAGCAGGCUCUUGAGUCUACAGCGGCUAUCGAGAUGGCAUCGACGGAGUCGCUUUUGUCCACCUUCAGAUCAUUAGGAGCGGCUUACUACCUUCUGAGUCGAUACCAGGUGUCGUCAGCAAUCAAUGCUUUCAAAGCUCUACCUUCGGCGCAUCGGGAGACACCAUGGGUACUUGCACAGCUUGGCAAAGCGUACUAUGAGGCAGCGGAGUAUUCUUCAGCAGAAAUUUGCUUUGCUAAAAUACUCAAGCUCCAACCUACGAGAAUCGAAGACAUGGAAGUAUACUCGACAGUCCUAUGGCAGCUGAAAAAGCCAGUACAGUUGGCGUUCCUGGCACACAAUCUGAGAGAUUUGGAUUUCAAUUCUCCACAGACUUGGUGUGCAGUCGGAAACGCAUUUUCUCUGAGCAGAGAGCAUGAGCAAGCCAUUGCUUGUUUCAAACGUGCAACACAAGUCGAUCCUGAGUUCAGCUAUGCCUGGACACUCAUGGGUCACGAGCUGUUGACCAAUGAAGAGUUUGACGCAGCGCUAGCAUCAUUCCGUAAAGGAGUCGGAAGCGAGAGGCGCGGAUUUGGAGCAUGGUAUGGCUUGGGCAAGUGCUAUGAGAGAAUGGGCAAAUGGGAUGAAGCGCAACGACAUUACCGAAUUGCUUUCGGCAUCAACCCUAGCAAUCCUGUGCUAGCGGUCUGUAUAGGAGUGAUCAUGGAAAAACUCCAUCAACCGCAGAAGGCUUUGUCACAAUACACGCUUGCAUUGAACCUGGCACCAAAUUCGGCACUCGCACGAUUCAAGAAGGCCCGAGUCUUGAUGAGCCUGAGACUCUAUGCCGAUGCCCUUGUAGAGCUUGAAGUGCUCAAGAAUCUAGCACCAGAGGAAGCCAAUGUCUUCUUCUUGCUCGGAAAGUGUUUCAAAGGACUUGGAAGGCGAGCAGACAGUGUGCGAACCUUUACUACAGCGCUCAAUCUUGAUGCAAAGGCGUCUCAAUACAUCAAAGAAGCCAUGGAAGCUCUUGACGACUCUGACGAUGAUGAUAUGGAUGACGACUGA